AUGAAAUCAGAAAACUACACAGUUGUCACAGAAUUCCUCCUUCUGGGACUUUCGGAGGAUCCAAAAUUGCAGUCCUUACUCUUAGGGCUGUUCCUGUCCAUGUAUUUGGUUACUGUGCUAGGGAAUCUAUUCAUCAUCCUGGCUGUCAGCACUGAUUCCCACCUCCACACCCCCAUGUACUUCUUCCUCUCCAUCCUGUCCUUUGUGGACAUCUCCUUCACCUCCACAAUAGUCCCCAAGAUGCUGGUGAACAUCCUGACGGAGAAUAAAGCCAUCAGUUAUACAGGCUGCCUUACUCAAGGAUACUUUUUCAUGGUUUUUGUAUGUAUGGACAAUCUGCUCCUGACAGUGAUGGCCUAUGACCGGUAUGUGGCUAUCUGCCUCCCUCUGCAUUACACGGUCAUUAUGAAUCCCCACCUCUGUGGGCUGCUGAUUCUACUGUCCUGGGUCAUUAGCAUCAUGAAUGCCCUGCUCCAUAGUCUGAUGGUGCUGCGUCUGUCCUUCUGUACAGACCUGGAAAUCCCUCACUUCUUCUGCGAACUUGCUCAGAUCCUCAAGCUGGCCUGUUCUGAUACCCUCAUCAAUAACAUCCUGGUGUAUUUAGUAAGUAGCUUAUUGGGUGUGGGUCCUCUCUUUGGCAUCAUUUUCUCUUACAUUCGCAUUGUCUCCUCCAUCCUGAGAAUCCCAUCAACAGAUGGCAAAUAUAAGGCUUUUUCCACUUGUGGGUCUCACAUGUCUGUUGUUUCCUUGUUCUACGGGACAUGUGUUGGGGUCUACCUUAGCUCUGCGGCUCAUCUAUCCUCCAGGAGUAUAGCAGUGGCUUCAGUGAUGUACACGGUGGUCACUCCCAUGAUAAACCCCUUUAUCUAUAGCCUGAGGAACAGGGACAUGAAGGGGGCCUUGAAGAAACUUAUCUCCGUAAUACCUUCCUUGUUAUGA